CUUGUGGGUUGUGAUCAUUUGGAAGAUCAUUAUUGUCGUGGCAACACAAACAGCCCCCAUUUUGCAAUGUUCCGCUCAGUAGCCAGCCACUCUCUUCUCCGCCGCAAGACCACCCCCGUAUCAUCGAUGUUGCUUCGCUUGUCGCACACGGCCACAGCCGUCGAAGCGUCGGAUCGAUUCCGCGUUGUGAUUGUUGGCACGGGGUGGGCCGGGUACAAGCUGCUCAUCAACGGCAAGGAGCGUCGCGACGACAUUGAGCGUGCCCUCGGGAAGCCAGUGGACUUUGUCGUCAUCUCGGAGCGCAAUCACUUUUUGUACACGCCGCUCUUGGCUAGCACAACCGUCGGCACACUCGAGUUCCGAUCGAUCACUGAACCCGUGCGCGAGAGUUCCUUUCGCCACGAACAGGACUUUGUCCUCGCUAGCGUGCAAUCCAUUGACACCGAGUCCAAGCAAGUACAAUGCCAGAGCACGUUAUCCACGGAUCUCAACUACAACAUCGACUACGACAUGUUAGUCGUGGCUUGUGGCUCUGUUCCAUCCACGUUUGGGCUCCCAGGGGUCACCGAGCACGCGUUUUUCCUCAAGGAAGUGUACCACGCCCGUAUGUGCUUUGUCGUUUCGGACUGGUUAAUCGUAGUUCAUAUGGAACAUACUCCAAAUAUGUAGGCGAAAUCCGCCGCCGAAUCCUUGAAAACUUUGAGCUCGCCACGCAGCCAGGCGUGUCGGAGGCGACCCAGCGCCAGCUUUUGCACUUUAUCGUCGUGGGAGGUGGGCCCACAGGCAUUGAGUUUUGUGCCGAGCUGUACGAUUUUGUCAACGAAGACCUCACUCGCCUGUAUCCUCAAGUGUCGAAUUAUCUGCAAGUGUCGCUGAUUGACGCUGGGGAAAUCCUGUCCAUGUUUAACGCGUCGUUGCGCGAACGUGCGAUGCGCAAGAUUGAGAACCGCCAAAGCAUGCGCAUUAUCAAGCACAACUGCACAGAGGUGAAAUCGAAUGCGGUGAUUUUGGACACGGGCGAAGAGAUCCCGUGUGGCCUCGUGGUGUGGACCGCCGGUGUUGGUCCCAACACUCUGACUAAAACGUUGCCGUGGGCGAAAUCCAAGCGCGGCAACAUCCUCACCAACCAAUUCUGUCAGGUCCUCGGUGCCCAGCCAUCUCCACAUGACGCGGCCGUGUCGGCGCAGUUGAAACUCCAGCUUCCGUCGGCAGUGUUUGCCAUUGGCGACUGUGCCGACAUUGAAAACUAUCCGCUACCAGCCACAGCCCAAAAAGCCCAAGGCCAGGCACUGUACCUGCUGGAGCUGCUGCAAAGGACCAAGCCUAGCGUCGAACCGUACCGUUUUGAGAGCAUGGGCAUGAUGGCGUACCUGGGGUCGUACGAAGGGCUGUUCCAAGCCAAAGAAGUGACAAUCAACAAGCAGCACCAGCCGCUCGCGACGUUUGACGGAUGGAAGGCGUGGCUGGUGUGGCGAAGUGCGUACCUGACGAAACUUGGCAGCUGGCGGCUGCGCCUGCAAGUGCCCCUCGACUGGUUCAAGGCCAUGGUGGUCGGCCGGGAUGUGUCUCGCUUUUAAGCUCGGGACCAUCGCAAGCAGUUGGAGUACACUGUAAUGAUUGUACGGUUACCUCGGUUCUGAAAGAAAAGGUUUGAUUUCUUUCAAUCGUCACAAGUACAAGCAAUAUACUAUCAAGGACGACACUGUCGAACUGUACCUACCUGGGAGCUGGCUAGCAUACAGUAGAGAUGGUAGCGCUGCAGCAGUGGCUACUGCAAUUCAACAGCAC